UAAGAGUUUAUCGACCACAUCUCAAGGUUAGAUUUGUAUUGUAAGCGCUGCCCCCCCCCGCCAACAUGUCAAAAUACCGAGAAAACGAAGAAGAUUUUGAAGGACUGUCUGCAGUCAAAGAGGAACUAAAUAAAAAGAUCAAGGAGAAGAAGGUUGUAGUAGAUGAACUCUCCAAUCUGAAGAAAAACAGGAAAGUCUACACCCAACAGCGCAACAGCAACAUCUUUUUCCUGUCAGACAGAGUUCAGACACUCAGCUCAUGCAAAAGGGAAUUGGAUGACAUGAAAAAGGAAUUGCAAGAUAUGUAGAACUGACCCUUUCUGGGAAAACAUCACCACAGCCAUGUGUGGCAUCUUUUGUUUGUUGAGAUUGU